UCCUCGGGCUCAGGGAAUGGUUUUGUUCCCUUGGAUGGAUGCUGGAUAUGUAGGGUUUCGUCAGGCUCUGUACAUCCUGACAUGCUUAGACUUUCAGUGUUACAAAAAUGGAGACUAACGCUGUCGUUUGGAUUGCUGCUCUGUACUACAAGUGCGAGGGGGUUUUUGAGCUUAGCAGUAGUGACACUUUCAGCUCCAGCUUGGUUUCCCCCCCUCCUCCUCUUUUUAAUUUAAUGCUGUAGAGAGUGAUUUGCCAUCCAUAAGGAAUUUGUACAUGAUGUGUAAAUUCAGUUCAGCUUAUGUUUCUUCAUUAUGAAACCACUUACGAUCCCAGCUAACCAUGGAGUUAUGGGCCAGCAGGAGAAACAUUCACUGCCUGCAGAUUUCACAAAGCUGCACCUUACUGACAGUCUCCACCCACAGGUGACCCACGUUUCAUCUAGUCACUCAGGAUGUAGCAUCACCAGUGAUUCAGGAAGCAGCAGCCUUUCUGAUAUCUACCAGGCUACAGAAAGUGAGGCUGGUGAUAUGGAUCUCAGUGGGUUGCCAGAGACAGCAGUGGAUUCUGAGGAUGAUGAUGAUGAAGAAGACAUUGAAAGGGCAUCGGAUCCUUUGAUGAGUAGGGAUAUUGUUAGAGACUGCUUGGAGAAAGACCCAAUAGACAGGACAGAUGAUGACAUUGAACAACUACUGGAAUUCAUGCAUCAAUUGCCUGCUUUUGCCAACAUGACAAUGUCAGUGAGGAGGGAGCUCUGUGCUGUAAUGGUGUUUGCAGUUGUGGAGAGAGCAGGAACUAUUGUACUAAAUGAUGGGGAAGAGCUGGAUUCCUGGUCAGUCAUUUUGAAUGGCUCUGUGGAGGUGACGUACCCUGAUGGAAGAACAGAGAUACUCUGCAUGGGGAACAGUUUUGGUGUUUCCCCUACCAUGGAAAAGGAAUAUAUGAAAGGAGUGAUGAGAACUAAAGUGGAUGACUGCCAGUUUGUUUGUAUAGCCCAGCAAGAUUAUUGCCGCAUCCUCAAUCAAGUGGAAAAGAACAUGCAGAAGGUGGAAGAGGAAGGGGAGAUUGUGAUGGUCAAGGAGCACAGGGAACUUGAUCGCACUGGAACAAGGAAAGGUCACAUUGUCAUCAAGGGAACAGCUGAAAGGUUAACAAUGCAUUUGGUGGAAGAACAUUCUGUGGUAGACCCAACAUUUAUAGAAGACUUCUUAUUGACAUACCGGACCUUUCUUUCCAGCCCAAUGGAAGUGGGCAAGAAGUUGUUGGAGUGGUUCAAUGACCCCAGCCUCAGGGAUAAGGUUACACGGGUAGUACUGUUGUGGGUGAACAAUCACUUCAAUGAUUUUGAAGGAGAUUCUGCUAUGACUCGAUUUCUGGAAGAAUUUGAGAACAAUUUGGAGAGGGAGAAAAUGGGUGGACAUUUGAGGCUGUUAAAUAUUGCUUGUGCUGCUAAAGCUAAACGAAGAUUGAUAACCUUAACAAAGCCAUCUCGAGAAGCCCCUUUGCCUUUUAUCUUGCUGGGUGGGUCAGAAAAAGGAUUUGGAAUCUUUGUUGACAGUGUAGAUUUUUGUAGCAAAGCUACAGAAGCAGGCUUGAAACGUGGAGACCAGAUACUGGAAGUGAAUGGUCAAAACUUUGAAAACAUUCAGCUGUCAAAAGCCAUGGAAAUCCUUAGAAAUAACACUCAUCUGUCUAUCACUGUGAAAACCAAUUUAUUUGUUUUUAAAGAACUCUUAACAAGGUUGUCAGAGGAAAAAAGAAAUGGUGCUCCCCACCUGCCUAAAAUUGGUGACAUUAAAAAGGCGAGUCGUUAUUCUAUCCCAGACCUUGCCGUUGAUGUGGAGCAGGUAAUAGGAUUAGAAAAAGUAAAUAAGAAAAGUAAAGCCAACACAGUUGGGGGAAGAAAUAAAUUAAAGAAGAUACUUGACAAGACUCGAAUCAGUAUUCUGCCUCAGAAACCAUACAAUGACAUUGGAAUUGGCCAGUCUCAGGAUGACAGCAUUGUGGGACUGAGGCAAACGAAACACAUUCCUCCUGCUUUACCUGUCAGUGGAACCCUGUCAUCCAGUAAUCCUGAUCUACUGCAGUCUCAUCACCGCAUCUUAGACUUCAGUACUACUCCAG